AAAUAACGGUAAAGACCAUUCAUAACCUACACCUGAAGGUUAGGAAACGUCAAUGGAUUUCUGUGACGUCAUCCUGAGUGGUGCGAGAAGACUGAUUUCAGUUGGUUUUGACUAUGAAGAAGAGCGAAAGCAACUAGAACGUAAGUUUAUCAGUAGUCUUCGUAAUGAUUGCCAGCAGUGGUUGGUGACGAAAGAGAGAGAGAAAUGGAGAAUGCAUCGGCAGUGGGUAACACUCGACAAUUACUUAGGCUUAUCAAGUAUACCGGCAAGAAGAAAACCGUGGUUACAGAAACCAUUAUCGGAGAAUGGGACGCCGAAAAUCUUCCAAGACAGACGGCUAGAACGUUGGGCCGAAUACUCUGAAGCACAGUUCAAAUGACCCUCAGUAACGCUUCAGUUGCCCCAGUCUGAACCUGAAGAGGGCAUAGAUGUCGGCCCUAUAACUCUCCUUGAAGUCGAGAAAGCUAUGUCAAACAUGAAACGAUGCAAAGCAGAAGGACGUGACAGUUUGUUACUCGAAGUCCUCAAGGAUGGAAGUAGGCAGUUCCUCAUUAAGGUGAGGGAGGGUACUACGCAUUAUAUGGGAAUCAGAGGUGGCCCUGUCAGACUGGUAUACUUCUCUGAUCAUCCCAGUCCAUAGGAAGGGAGAGAAAUCUUGUGAAAACCACAGAGCAAUUAGUUUGACUAAUAUUGUGUCCAAGAUCCUAG